UCGUACACAAAGAGCUCAAAGGAGCAUCAGAUCACAUCGGUGAGUCCUUCUGCUUUGUCGAAGAUGCUACGCGCUUGCUCACUGAACGACUUCGAAAUUCCCCAAUUGGCCUUCAGCCGCGUUUCUGGUGCGAGUAGUGAGGUGCGCCCUUUGUCUUCCUCCACGUAGUCGCGAUGAAUUUUUUUGCUGACACGUCAUCUCUCCGCUCCCUGCUCGUCAGGACCGGAUUUGAUGUUGCCACUCGAUAUCCAAAGCAUCGGGAGAAAUUCCCAAAGGUGAUGGGAGCCGAGGGGAGACAAGUCUCGACCCCUUCCAUGGACGAUGAACGAGCAGCGGUCAAGCCUCGCCGCAAAGAUCACGCGCUCGCAGCCGAAAGCCUGCCAGAGGUGAUGGAGUUGGGGGAAAUGCGCAAGCGCGGCAUUUGCUUUGGGCCCGAGCAGUGGCUCAUUCGCAUCGUGUUCCUCGAAACCAUCGCCGGGGUUCCAGGUUUCAGCGCAGCCAUGAUCAGGCAUCUGCAAAGCCUGCGCCUGAUGCGCAGGGACAAGGGUUGGAUCCAGACGCUAUUGGAGGACGCUCAAAAUGAACGGAUGCACCUGCUCGUCGCGCUCAAGCUUUACCGCCCCGGCUUCUUCAUGCGAACCAUGAUCGCCCUUGCACAGGUCGUCUUCACUGCUGCAUUCUCCGUAGGCUACAUGAUCGCCCCUCGGUUGGCCCAUCGCUUCGUCGGCGUCUUGGAGGAAGAAGCCGUCAUCACCUACACCAACAUCCUUCGAGACAUUGAAGCGGGUCGACUGCCAGAGUGGGAGCGAUUCCCGGCACCAGCUGUGGCCAAAGACUAUUGGGGCUUGAAGAGCAGCGCCACCCUCUCGGACGUCAUGCGCGCUCUGCGAGCUGACGAAGCCAACCAUCGCUUCAUCAACCACACCCUGGCGUCUAUCGAGAGCCAAGACUUUAAUCCCUUCGCCUAUGGUGAGGCUCGUCCUACCGAGCGAGGCGGAAGAUGGGGUUUGGAAAGGAACGAGGCUUUGGAGUGGUUUGAAAGAGAAGAUGCUAAGCGAAGAGAGGCCAAGGGUCUAAUGCGAGCGGAGGGUGCUACCGAAGCGCGUCCUGUUCGACAAGACAGGCUGCCUGUGAAGGAUGAAGCGCAGCGAGACACCAGCAACUCAUCCCGCAACGCGGUCUGAUAGAGAGGUCCAGCUCUUGCGCAACCGCCUGUCGAAUUGUCCACUGCCAUCACAGCAGAACCCCAUCCUGGUUCUAGAUCCCUUGUCUCCCAAGAAUCGGUCGUAUCAGCAUCAAGAGGGCGCUGGCGUCUCUCUUCGUCUCCAGCGUCAGCUUGUACCACCUCUCAAAUCGCCUGUGCCACAUCAACGUCGAAUAAAGCCUCUCGCAAGCUUGAUGGCGGCUCCUAUGCCAAGGACAUCAUCAUUUCUUAGUGCCUUGAUUAGCCUGGCGGGAGACC